CUGGGGUGGGGGAUCGUGCUCAGUCACGGUAAAAGGCAAACGGGUAAAUUGUGAAUACGCUCUUAAUCUAACUACAGCUUCUUGAAUUGUGGGAGGCGUGUGUAACAUAACGUUGUUCCACAUACCAAUAUCACUACGUAUCGGUAUCGCAAAACAAAGUUUUAAAUGUUAAGAUUCUGUCAUUCUGAAAAUCAGAGUAUUUAAGACAUUAUGUUACAUAGCGAUUUGUGGAGAUAAAUGCCCUCGGACAGUAGCGUUCAUUUCAUAUUAAGUCUCUUUAAGUCAUUGUUUUAUGUUAUGCAGGAUGAAUGUGCGAAUUUUAAUUAAUCAUCCUUUAAGGGUUAUAUGCUUACGGUGUUGUAUACUAUUCUCGGUGAACAAGUUAACUUAUAAAAGUCUGUUCCUCUAAUUAUAGAAUAAUAUAUAGAAUAAUUAUACAAGAGCUAUAAUUAUUAUGAUGUUAUUAUUUAAUUGUGUGGGCCGUGUUGCUUGAUUACAUUUGACUCUUCGGCACGUGGGACGCUGCCGGUUUGAAAGACGCAGCUUCACUUGUUUUCUGCACCAAGAUGACGAGAAACAAACGAAUUGCAAAAGCUGUCAGCUGGAGCAACGAUCGAUACUGGGCAACUUGGGACAAGUGGAUGGAAGUGAUUGACUGGGAAGAUGAGGAAGAGCUGUGCUCCCCAGCAGAAUCACCCUCUGACCAGGCUGACCGUUCCAUCGUGUCACACACCCGAAAGCCAAUUGCCAAGGCAGUUAGCUGGACGGAUGAUGUGUAUUGGGCAGCCUGGGACAAGUGGGAUGAGAUCAUCUGCUGGGGUGAAGAAGGAGAGUGCUCCCCAGCAACUCCACCCAUCAACCAGCCUGGGAGGGAUAAGGGGUUAGACAUGCAUGGGUUAGAGGUUUUUCUGUUAAAUGAAAGGACAGUCUCCAUAAAGCCUGCAGAUGACCACCAAGACAGGCUGAAAAUAGGAGCCGUAGUGGUCGACCUCUGCCAGUUUGAGCUAGAUGGUGUAAAUGAUAAAUUUGAAAUUGUCGAAAUACAAAUUGGAGAGGUCAAAUUGGAGGAGACUGCAGAGAGGGGUUUUAAUUCAGAAUUUGAAUUGGAAAUUAUGGAUGUGGAGAUAGAGGUUGUAGACAGUGAAUUCCAGCUGAAUGCUCUUAAUUGGGAAAUUGCUGGAACUAAAGUGGACAAAUUAUUAGUGGAACACCUGAACAUAAAUAAUCUAGAAGCAGGCAGUGUGAAGGUGUCCACAUCAAAUGGGAAUGUGGUAUAUGUCAAUGGUAUGUGAGUGUGUUUGGUAAUGAUGGGUGUGAAUGGUGUGUGUAAGUGGUGUGUGUGUGUGUGUGUGUAUGAGAAUGGUGAUUGAAUGGUGUG